CUAGGUUCCUCGCCGGUGCUGGGGAGCUCCGUGCGCUCUCGGUCCGUCCCGAGUCCGCCUCCCUCCGGGGUCUCUCCGGCUCUGCCCUCUACCCGGGAACGUCUUCCUCCUCUCCCCGCCCCCCGGCAGACGCAGUGCUGAGCCCACAGCUGCGGGACAAAGAGUGACGCGGGAGCCGGAGUUAUGGCGUCCACGGAGCCCCGCUUGGUAGCUACCGGGAGCCCCGCGGCGAUGCCGCCGGAGAAUCUGGAAGGAGCUGGCCCUAGCUCAGACCCUCACCGUAACUCUGAGGGCUCCUUGAUUCCAGGGGCCGCACCUCCUGCCCCCGAGCCCUCUAGCCCCAGUGCGGCGGUCCCCGAAGCGACUGCUACACCCGCGGCGGCUGCUCCUGCGGUCCUUGAGCUGCCUCUAGCCUCUGCACCUCAGGCCGAAGCCGCAGCGCGCUCACCCUCCGGCCAAGGCGGCUCCCGACCGGGCCCUGAGACGUUCCGCCAGCGUUUUCGGCAGUUCCGCUAUCAGGACGCUGCGGGUCCCCGGGAGGCGUUCCGGCAACUGCGGGAGCUUUCUCGCCAGUGGCUUCGACCCGACAUCCGCACCAAGGAGCAGAUUGUGGAGAUGUUGGUGCAGGAACAGCUACUUGCCAUUCUGCCCGAUGCGGCAAGGGCCCGUCGGCUACGCCGCCGCUCAGAUGUGCGCAUCACUGGCUGAGAAGCGGUCCUGUGGGUGGCCCGGCCGGGGCGCUCUCAUGUGGACUGGGACCAGGGUCUGGGGACCUGAGCCUGGCACCGCAUCCUGUGUUAAUGAAAAACGAGUUGUGGCGGC